GGUUUAUGAAAUUUUAUGCUGACGGGAGCUUUUAAAGUACACAGAGUUCCUUGCACUUCCUUCCUCGGAAGCAAACACGCCCUUACUGAUAGGACGCUUCGCUGCGCACUGCUCUGCCGCCGAGGGGAGCCGAGGGUCUCCUGGGACGGGGCUAAGGACCCGCGGGCUGGGCUCACCCCUCGCGGCCGCACCGCAGGAACGCGGGCUGCCCUUGCACACGACUGUCACACGGCUGAUCAGUCGUAUUGUCAGCGGCUACAACAUGACAUGUAUUUUCUUACAAGCAAUAGCCGACUGAAUGAGCAAGUGGUUGAUAAAAUUAUCCUUCAGCUUAAUAGAGUCUACCCCCAAAUUCUCACCGAUACAGAAGCAGAAAAGUUCAGGAAUCCAAAGGCAUCGCUCCAUACCAGGCUCUCAUAUCUGAUAAAGCACCUUCAAAAGAAAGGAGACAGGCACUGUCAAGAAUUUUACAGAGCUCUACAGAUCAAUGCUGAACAGCUGUAUAAUGACCUGCCAAGCAGGAAAAUCUUGAAAACCACAGAUUCCACAGAGAUAGACACUGACAUGGAGAAAUGUAUGCUAAAUGACAGGGGUCCAGUAGUUUUUCCUCGCUUGUUUUAGUGUGGCUGCAGGAUUUGCAUUGUUUUGGUAUUGCUCUCACUCAGAUACAAAAGUCAUAGGAAGAGCCAGGAGAAUCUUGGGCUUUUCUCCUAUUAUCAUAGGAAGACAUGUUAGAAAUAUUUGUAUGUUGUAUUUGGAAGACAUAUCAAGAAAUUAAGGAAAAGCUGCCUCUUCACUCAGACAUCUGUACAGUGUAUCUGCCAAGGGAAGACAACGGUGCAUGAAUAUUAAUGUACUAUACUCUCAUACCAAAGAUUUUAUUAACUAGCUUCAUCAAUAAUUGUGUUGCCUGAAGAUGUAUUCAGAAUUUCAGCUAUAUAUGUCCUUCCUUAUGGGAAUGGACCAUUUAUUUUUGUAAAUGCUUAUUUUAAAAUAUUUAUCAUUUGGAUAAAAGUAUUUUUAAUACAAGCUAUAAAAUUAUAUCCUAACUGAUCAUGGGUCUUAAGCCAUAUUUUGCAUAUAUGUUUUUUGUACUGGAAUGAAGGAACAUAACUGUUUAAAGAAUGCUACACUGUCUUUUAUGAUAAUUAAUUUAAGAAAAGCACUUAAAAACACACCACACACUCAAAGCCUUACUAAGAAAUGGAUUUCCAUCUCUGGAUUGUCUGUUUUGUCUAGAUCCUUUAUCCUUACUACCUGAGCUCAGGUGGGCACUGGUACCUACAGAGCUUUUCAGUGCCAGUUACCUUUGUGUAUGCCUAAUCCUUGCCAUGUUUUCUAAUCCCGUUUGUGCCUCACCACACCUGCCUUGUUCGUGCUCAUGUUGAGCUGUUCAUCAUAGUUUGAAUGCACUGGAACUCCUGCAGGCUAGUGCCCAGCCCGUGGAGGGUCCUGGGGACUGGAAUGUCUGAUCUGAAGCACUUGAAACUACUAAGAUUUUUCAGAGUUAGCUUUGUCUGUACCAGUGAAGUGUUUUGGGGACUGUACAUCCAAGAAACUGGAGUAAUCCAUAGUAUUUUGCAGGGACUUAGUAUUGUGACUUUUUUAAUGGCCAGAAAUGUGUAUAUGUACUUGAAGAGCCUGCGAUUGUUCAUAAUGUUGUUUUAUGUGUUUUUCGUCUAGAAGAUGAAACCUGAAAAACCUGUAGAACCCAUUUUCAGCAUACAAACAGAGUAAAACAAAAAUUCUUGAAGGAGGUUCAGGGAGUCAGGGCUGCAAAUGAAGCAUCUGGGUUUUCUUAGCUUUGGAAACCUAACCAAGCUCCUGCCUAGCUCAGUACAAAUGGUUGUGAGAAGUGACAUUAUCAGUGGGUAGUUCUUCCAUGGCCUGUUCAAGUACAUGAGGAACCUGGGGUGACUGUUUCCCUGUAUUUGGUGAGAAAGAUACUUUGGGGCUCCUCUUUCACUGGAAUGCAACUUCCAAAUCAAAUUGAAAGCCGAUAGAAUUUCACAUGGGAUCCUUCAGUGCAUGGUAACUUGUGAUGUUGCUGCAACUUAUUCAAGUGACUGAGCUUUUGGAUAAAUGAAGUCAUUUGAAGUGGAUGUCUCAAAACAUCCAGACCAAAGAUUGUCUUCCAGCUUUAAACUUUAUGCUAUAAAAAUGCCAUCAUAUUCUCCAGGGCAAAUUAUCUUGUAGUAACUGUAUUUCUUUCCAGCACAAUACUCACCAGAUGUUGUAGCAGGGGUGUAUUCCAGAGGAGGAAGUGGGUACAGGGCCAAAUUUCUAAAUAAAAGACCCAUGGAGUAUUUUCAGGAAAUGUCUGAGUGAUGAAAAAGGGCUCAAAGCCCCCCAGUUUUUACUGUUGUGAGGGAAUGUUUUAACCUAGUACUUUGCAGUGACUGAGGCACGAGCCAACCUCAAGUAAGAGUAGCCACAGUCUGCAGUAGGCAAAAUCUUGACAGUGCAUCCUGAUGGUCAUCACUGCUGUGACUGUAGCUCACCUGAAAACACCCAGGUGAAAUGAAAUGGGCUGCAGCCUGGUUGUGGUACUGCUGCAAGCAUACUGCAAGUCAGCACCAGCUACCUGGCUAAGCAUUCCUUCUGACCCUCUGGGGACAGGUAAACCAAGCUGAGCUCCUGGCUGCGGGGUUUCUGCUGCUGCCGGCACCUGAAGCAGCUGCUCUGGAGCUGGCCUGGAUAUUUUUACACAGCUGCAGCCACUCCUUUGCAGAGCUGGCAUGUCAGUAACAGCUCCCCUGGGGUAACCGUGCGGCUCUCAGCAGAGCAGUGGUUUGUGUAGACAGACAUACCCCAAGAUCAGCAGCGGGCCACGGGAUGUUAUAAACACUUAAUGGCCUGAUUGGUGCAGCGUAAAAUCUGAAAUGAUACAAAUACCAGGCAAACAAAAUAACACCCAGCAGAGCAGUUUAUUUCGACUUCUUUUCCCCUGCCUGCCAUCCCACCAUCUCUUGUGUCUACUCAAUCUAAUCUCCAUGGGGAAUCUUAUUAGGAAGAGAACAGUGACAGAGCUGAGUGUUUCCUAUAGCGUUGCAGGACAGCUCUGCUUUGGGCACACCGCGAGGCUCUGCUGCCCGUGUUACACCACGAGCUGUUGCUGUGCUGCCUUCCAUCUUGGGAAGGGCUUUAUUAAGGUCUGUUGUUUCCACUGUGCCUUGCCUUCUGUUAAAAGUGACAACAGGUGGAUUUUCUCUAGCAAACCGUCUCUGAUUUAUAGCAUUUGGAAUGAUUUGUUACUCUCCCCACUCCUGAUUAAAUCCUAUAUCAACCCCUUUUUAAGGGACUAGAAAAAAUACUUCUGACCUCCAAGGAGGCUUUAAAUCCUUGCCUUGAAGCCAACUUCGAAACCUCAUUAGAAGAAGCGUAUUCCAUUUUGCAUGAAAAACAUUGUUCGAAAUAAUGGCAACAGUCACACCUCAUUUUAAAGCAAAACCAGAGGUCUCAUUGCUGCUAGGCAGAUUCCUUCUGCUUAGGUCAUUUACCAUGUUACCCUUAGAAUAACAGGUUGCAAAUUGUUGUGAUCUGUUACUGACACCUGCAGAAGCUGUCGGUGCCUUGCUUAACCUGAAGGUGAGACCCUGCUGUGCUUGCUGGUUCGAGGGUGCCCAGCAAUGCCAGGAGCCCUCCCAAGUCCAAACUACCCCAGGAGUACAGCAGCUGUGCAGCAGCACAUGGUCCUCCCAGAUCAUUACACCAAGGGGCUUUCUUGAGCCUCUGAAACCAUAGGGAGUAGGAAGGCUUACUGAAGGCUCUGGCUGUAUUUCUUUCUGAGGUUGCUUGAGAUAAAGAUGCCUCUCAGGAAAAAAAUUCCAGGACAAGCUAUCCCCAGGGCUAGGGCUGGGAGGAGGGAGGAAAAACAAGCUCAGAUUCAUCCCAUUGUUGUUGGUGACAGGACCUGACAGCAAAGAAUGGAAAAUAAUCUGUUCCUUUAUCAGUGCUAGUUUUUAAUUUAAAAAGUGAGGGUAGCUAUAAAGCUGUCGUGUGCAGAGGCUUGUGCAAUAUGCAGUCUCCAGAGAAAGCAAUGACUAGGCUCCUUUCCUUCCCUUUCCCUGCACCAUCAUAGUCCUUAAAAAGGCUUAAAGAAGUUGGGCAGAACUUCAGUGGGUGUUUUGUACUUCUCUGGGGUAGAACAGAGCAUUGCAGGCGAGCCUGUUGGGAGACAUUCUUUUUCUCUGAAAGUUUUUCUUUCAGGAACAAAUGCCAAGGUUUAAUACGCUUCUCCACAAGUGUGUCUGUGCAGCAAACGCAGACAAAUGAAGUGAUAAUUCUGUAUUUGGGUCCUAGAGGAAGCACGUAUAUACCUGCUUGGGAGUCAGGUCCUUCUAGGCAGGCAGUGUUAUUUACUUCAAAAUAAAUUCGGUAGGGUUCUGGACGAGCCUGCCAGCUGCAAAUUUUCAGCUUCCCUGUCGAGAACAGCUUGGCAUUUAUGGCUGAAGAUGCACUGAUGCUGAGGAGCACGCCUAGCUGCCUGUGCAGGGAACUUGGCCUGGCUGUGUGCAAUUCAGUAGGUGGCUGAGCGUGCAGAGGAUGGAGGCCGUUCUUGUCAAUGCCAUGAUAAACAUACACUAGUCACAGAGGAGCUAAUAAAAAGCAGCCAUAUUUUCCACUUACCUUGUCUCACCUUGUGCUACUCUGGUUGAAGCAGAAAAAUGUUUGCAUUAGCAGCAUCAAGGGCUAAGGCGCCAAGCAGCUAUGAGGUCAGCGGUCCUCAUCUGGAGGGCUGAACACAGUGCUCAGGGAAAAGAUGGUCAAGGUGAAGAGUGGCCACCGAAGUGUGGGAGUGUGCAGGAUAUCAAGCAGCACCAGCAUGUGCUGUGCUGUGCGGCCCUGCCUCCUGCAAGGCUGAUACCUAGCCAAAAGUCAUCAUUCUUCCCUGCUUUUUCACGUGAAGGGGCUUUCUGAUUUUAAGUAAAGCUGAACUCUGAUUGUCCUGUCCGUAGUGCCUGGGGUCCCUAGGUUCCAGCAGGAGAGCUAGGUGGUGUUGCAGCCCCUGAGCAGCGAGCAGGCUGCUGGCCCCAGCCCCCUGAAUGGCUGAGGCAGGCUGGUUGGGCCGUCUGCUUCUGAAGGGCUGGGAAGCGAAGUGACAGAUCAUACUGUGAAUUUGCACAGCUCCAUUUAAAGACAGCCUGCUAUUUAAAGUACUUCAGUGGAGGAUGGUGUGCCUGCAAGUGAGAGCUAUAAUGAAGUGAUGAUUCACUCCAGGGCAUGCAGGGCUACUUGAUAGCUGUUGCCUGCAGUGUUGGAAGCUGCUGAGGCAAAGUUACCUUUCUUCCUUCUUUCAUUUGUGAUUUUUUUUUUCUCAUACUGUAAUAAAUUAAAAACAUUAAAACAUUUGGUCAACGACUGCCGUUGUGGAUGCUUUUCACUGCUGUUGUGCAUACACAAACAUUAGCCCAGAAAAAUGACUUGCCUUAACUGUGUAAUCAGCAUUGCUGUUACACAAAGUAAUGAAAACAGUUUGCUGCACUUCACAGGGUCAGUCUUUGUAAUCAUUUAUCCUCACAUAUGUUUUCUUUAAUUCUAUACAAAUUAAUGGCAUUUUUUUUUGUAACGGGAUGAAGCUGGUAAUUAAAUUGUAAUAAAAUCUGUACUGAGAGAAAAGU